ACAUUACAAUUCAGAGACGGUUUCGUGACCAAGGUCUAUGUAGCCCUACUCAACCCUACGUUAGUUGCCGUUCGUGGUUGGGGAGUGUCUUAGGGGUGCUGUUUCGUGUCUUACAGUCUACAGGAUGAUAGGAGUAACAUGGAUGCUGGUGGGUGCAGUGCUAGUCCUGCUAUGGGCAUAUUCGAGGUGGAAACACAGAUUCUGGGAAAGUAAAGGUGUGCCCACUCCGCCUGUGGUCCCCUUCAUCGGCCAUAUGCAUAAUUUGCUUCAUCCAGAUAAGAAAACAAACUUUGAAGGAGAGGCCUAUUAUAAACAUGGUGGAUCAAAGUUAUGCGGGUUCUACUUCUUCCACGAACCACUUUUAUUGGUGGGCGAUCCGGAAAUCACGAGUCACAUUUACGUGAAGGACUUUGACCACUUUAUGGACAGAAGGAGCUUUAACAUGUCAAGCGAGAAGGACAGAGUAAUGGCCAACAUGUUGACUAUGAAGACAGGCGAAGAGUGGAAAAAACUGAGAUCCGUCAUGUCUCCCACAUUCACUUCAGGCAAAAUGAAGGGGAUGUUCCCGCUGGUGUGCAAGAAGGCCGACGAGCUCGUCUCCUUCUGCCUCAAGGAAGCACGCACCAAGCCCUUUGUCGACAUGAAGUAUAAUUUUGGCCGCUUCACCAUGGACACAAUUGCUUCCUGUGCCUUUGGUAUUGAAUGCAAUUCACUAGUCGAUGAAAAGCCAGAAUUCGCUGAACAGGUUGAAUCUUUUUUCAAAAUUACACCGGGAAUGAUAUGGAGACUUCUUAUCACGAGCUUAUUUCCUAAACUUGGCAAGAUGUUGAACAUGAGAUUGUCGGUACCAGCAGUUGAUUUCUUUGCGGAUGUUGCCCGUGAGACCAUGCGAGCGAGGCGAAGUGGAAAUAAAAGGGGAGACUUUUUGGAUCUGUUGCUAGAAGCAGAAGUCUCCACUGGCGAUGCCGAGGGAACCACGGCAUUACAAGACGAUAAAUCAUCCAAGUCCCAGCAACCCCUGGAUGAACUUACCAUCAUCUCCCAAAGUGUCUUGUUCCUGGCCGCCGGUUACGACACCACAGCCUCCACGCUGGCCUUCGCGUCCUUCCUGCUUGCCAAGCACCCGGAGAUCCAGCAUCGCCUUCGUCAGGAGUUGAGUGAAAUGGUCGAAGAACACGGCGACAUAACCUACCAAGGGAUCAUGGAAGCCAAAUAUCUUGAUGCUUGUCUCAUGGAAACCCUUCGCCUGUACCCGCCGACGGUUUUACUGGAGCGCAAGUGCAUAAAGGAAUACAAGAUCCCCGGCACGGACGUGACCAUCAGCCCUGGCCUAAUGGUGAUAUGUCCGGUCUACCACAUCCAUCGGGACCCGAAGUACUGGCCUGAGCCCGAGGAGUUCCGCCCCGAGCGCUUCCUGCCCGAGAACAAGGCGAACAUCACCCACCUCACGCACAUACCCUUCGGAAUCGGACCCAGGAACUGUAUAGCGAUGAGAUUUGCCCUCAUGGAAACCAAAGUAGGUCUGGCCAAGAUGCUCCUUGCCUCAGACGUAAAGUUGGCACCGGGACACGAAGAAAUUAAAACUGACUUUGGCUUGGGUUUGUUGCGGCCGAAAGACGGGGUUAAUCUUCUCCUGACUCCUUUGAAAGAAGAGUGAAAAGGAAAGGCGAGAAAGGGAAAGAAAGAGUCAUACUUGAACACAGAAGACAAGGUCAAGGUUGAGAAAGGGUAGAAAGGAAGAAAAUGUAUACUGUGCCUUAUUAGUUGAUAAGUUGGACUUGCAGCAAUAUGUUGGAUACAUUCAUUUUCAAUCUUCCUUUUCUUGCUAGUUAUUAAUGUAUCUCCAUUCUAACACUGGAGUGAAGGCUGAAAGUAAGUUAAUGAUAAUGACGAUGAUAAUACAAAUAUCUUUUCCUAAGUGAAAGAAAAAUGAUUAACAAAGUGAAAAAGUGCAUUUUUAUAUAAUUGGAAAGUGCACGUCAUGGGUUUUAGAAUAAAAAAGAUGAUCACGACA